AUGAGCGCAGCCCAAGCCAGAGAAGUGUCGUUUCGGGUGUCUGACCACUACCAGGUGCUCGAGAUCGUGGGCGAAGGCGCCUACGGCGUGGUGUGUUCCGCCAUCCACACCCCCACCAACCAGAAGGUGGCCAUCAAGAAGAUCGAGCCGUUCGAGCGGUCGAUGCUCUGUCUUCGUACGCUUCGUGAGCUCAAGCUCCUCAAACACUUCAACCACGAGAACAUCAUCAGCAUCUUGGCCAUCCAGCGUCCGGCCAGCUUCGAGUCCUUCAACGAAAUCUACUUGAUCCAAGAGCUCAUGGAGACCGAUUUACACCGCGUGAUCCGGACACAGAAACUUACAGACGAUCACAUCCAAUAUUUUAUCUAUCAGACACUUCGUGCGCUCAAGGCCAUGCACCUGGCCAACGUGUUGCAUCGAGACCUCAAACCGUCCAAUCUCCUUCUCAAUUCCAACUGCGACUUGAAGGUGUGUGACUUCGGGUUGGCUCGUUCCAUCGCCCUGAGCGAGGACAACUUCGGCUACAUGACCGAGUACGUGGCCACCCGGUGGUACCGGGCGCCUGAGAUCAUGUUGACGUUCCAGGAGUACACCACGGCCAUUGACGUGUGGCUGGUGGGGUGCAUUUUGGCAGAAAUGUUGACAGGACGCCCCCUCUUUCCGGGACGCGACUACCACAACCAGUUGUGGUUGAUCAUGGAGGUGUUGGGAACCCCCAACAUGGAGGACUACUACAAUAUCAAGUCCAAGCGUGCCCGCGAGUACAUCCGCUCGUUGCCGUUCUGCAAGAGCGUGCCGUUCCAGAAUCUUUUCACCCAGAACCACAACGGAGGAGCCAUCAACCCGUUGGCCAUCGAUUUGUUGGAGAAGUUGUUGAUCUUCAACCCUGCCAAGCGUAUCACCGUGGACGACGCCUUGAAGCAUCCGUACUUGCGGCUCUACCACGACCCCAACGACGAGCCCAUCAGUGAAAAGAUCCCCGAGGACUUUUUCGAUUUCGACAAGCGCAAGGACGAGUUGGAGGUCAGCGAGUUGAAGGUGAUGUUGUACGAGGAGAUCAUGAAGCCGUUGUGA